CUUUAAUCCAUAAAAGUAGGUUACGGAUUUCAUUGCAGCCUUGAGUCAGUCGGAAGAGCUUGGUAUUUGUUCUCGUUUUGCCUCUCUGGCUUCGGACAUAAAUGGACAAACACGUGUCUUAAAAAUGGGUAAGACGCGUCUCUUCACUCUUUAGAGUAUAUAUGACUUACAGGCUAUGGAUCAAUUCGAUUUGGUUCCAUUAUCUAUUAUUGUGUAUUACGUGUAUGCUACUGAACGAGAGGCAGAUUGCAGUUAACCUCCUCGCAUAUUCUAAAUAGAGGGUGCUUGUUUGCAUUAGUCUCUCAUUCGUUGAAACAAGUGUAAAUUGUAGGCCUAUUUCUUAAAUGUCCAUACAUUUCUAGGUAUGCUAGGGCCAUUGCCUCUAUGGGAUUAGGCUGUGAAAGUGACCAUAGUGACUAUGUUUUCCACUAAUGAGUUGAGUUGCCUUCCUGUGCAUUGGGUUGACAACUAGCUGGCUACUGCCAGCUGGAAACCCAGUUUAUAGAGUCAAUCGGCUAUCAUCAGGACAGGCUUUUAUGGAUCUAUAAAAAGAUCGAUCAAAGAGGGCAAGCAACAUAUUUUUUUGUCUAAUCCGGGCUUGCAAAUGAUCUGAUUCGCCGACUCAAAUCAUAGAGCAGGAAUUUGACAGUUCUAUUCGAGAUAGAAUAUAAGCUUUGCUUAGGCUUCCACUUCGAACUGGAAAAAGUAGGUUGUGUUCUCGUGGGUGACAUCGUCUUGGCUACCACGUUCACGAGAUGAUCACGUUUGUGUCACCGCAGGGGCCUACAAUGUUUCAAUAAAUAUGUAGCGUCCACCGGUGAUGUUUCACAAGCUGGUGAAUUGAACAUCGCUACACUGUUGCCUCUCAGUGCUGCGCGCAACUUGGAAACAAAGUCCCACUGGGCACAGACGUCAAUUCCACGUAUAUUCCACGUUGGUUCAACGUAAUUUCGUUGAAAUGACGUGUAAACAACGUUGAUUCAACCUGUGUGUGUCCAGUGGGUAGCCGCCUAGUCUGAUUCGCUCUGUCUCUCCUGUGUUGUGUCACUUUUUCCACCAGCGUCCAUCGAUAAUGCCUCAACCCAAAGUCAAGCUGGUGGUGACAGGAGAUGAUUUUGGGUACUGUCCGAAGAGGAACCAGGGGAUAGUGGAUUGUUUCCAAGCUGGGGGCAUUUCUAAUGUGUCCCUUCUGGUUAACGCCUCCUCGGCGAAAGAAGCGACAGAGCUGGCCAAAAGGUAAGUAGGCUUCAUGUAGUAAAGUACAAGGUUUACUUCCAUAGAUAAUAUGACGUUUAAUAGCCUACUGAUAACUUACAAGAUUCCCUAAAAACACAACACUUCCAUACAGCUACGACUUUUUCGUACCAGGUUAGGAACAUUUAUGCUACAGGUUGGGAUAAUUCACGUAGCAAUUUAGGGAGUCCCGAUAAGUUACAGUAAGUCGGUUUAAAAAAUACAUUAACUUCCUGAUAGGUGACAUUCAGUUCACUUUCACUUGUUGUGUUUUUAUUGAUUGUGUAUUGAAUAAUUCAUGCGAUCAGGAAAGGUGUUAUACAUUUAGAAAUCUCAUAUUCCUUUUUUUUUUUUUGUCUAAUCUUAUGUGUUCUUCUCUCGGCGAGUGUGUACCUGCUCAUAUUGUUGUUAGACAAUUCCAUCUAUGAUAUCAGACACUAUAGGGUCUGAUUCCACAAUAUAAAGCCUAGUCCAGGACUAAAGCACUUUCAAUGGAAAACCUCUAUUGAACAUGCUUCCUUAGUCAAAUACCAGGCUUACUUUGAGUCUGGAAAACUGACCCCUAAUUUCCUGAUUUUCCCCAUCUCCCCCCACAGACAUCGCAUUCCCAUCGGUCUCCAUGCCAACCUCUCAGAGGGUCUACCAGUCAGCCAGGGUCUGAAGCGGGGCUCCACGCUCCUCAACAAAGAUGGGUUCUUCCAUGGGAAGAUGGGCUUCAGAAAGGCUCUACAGAGUGGCCAGGUCAGCAUGACAGAGGUAAGCUUCUUUCUUAACAGCUUAGUUGAGGUGGCGCAGGGUUUUUCCUUUUUUCAUAUUCAGGCAUUUCCACGGUAACAGAGUGAUGCUGAGACUCAGAUUUUUCACAAAGUUCAAUAAAACCAUACAACUCUAUGCACAAGGACUACUUUUAACAAUGUCCACAGAAAAUGUUACUAAAAACACAUUUACUUGAAGAACAGCGCAGAUGCAAAGUUUGGUAACAGAAUGACAGUUUACAUGACAUGUUAGUCAUUUAGCAGAUGCUCUUAUCCAGAGCCACGUACAGUUAGUGCAUUCAUCUGAAGAUAGCUAGGUGGGACAACCACAUAUCACGGUCAUAGUAAGCAAAGAUUCUUCUCAUUUAAAUUGUAUUGGUCACCGGUAGAAUGUAAAUGUGUCUUGUUGAAUGGCAUCCGUAGCAAAUUGAAAUACUCUGCAAUACUUAGCACUGGGCGGCAGGUAGCUUAGUGGUUAAGAGCGUUGUGCCAGUAACCGAAAGGUCGCUGGUUCUAAUCCCCGAGCCGACUAGGUGAAAAAUCUGUCGAUGUGCCCUUGAGCAAGGCACUUAACCCUAAUUGCUCCUGUAAGUCGCUCUGGAUAAGAGUGUCUGCUAAAUGACUAAAAUGUAAAUGUUAGCAGUCUAAAAUCCAUGGUCCCUUAACCAACUCAAAUUUAUAGAGAGAGGAAUGAAGAGAAGGAAUCAAUGGAUAAAUAGUCUAGAGAGAUCAAAAAAAGAUGGGGACGGUGGUAUACCACCCAUAUGUAAAAAUGUAUGCUUUGGAUAAAAGCGUCUGCUAAAUGGCAUAUUAUUAUAUUGAGAUGGGAGAGUAACAGAGGUGGUAUGUCAGAGAAAUUGGUCCUCAUCUAGGCUUAACAAGGGAGAUGUUCCAUGUUAGUUGGUACCACAGGCAUUGAGCUUCAGACCAGACUCACAGCACAGCGCUGAGCUUCAGUAAUAUCACAUUCAUUAUCCCCUUUCACUCUCCAGUCCUGUGUUUCUGUUACCAAACUUUGGAUCUGCACUGUUCUUCAAGUAAAUGUGUUUUUGUUACAUUUUCGGAGGAAAUUAUUAAAAGUCGUCCUUGUGGAUAGAGUUGUUUAACUUUGCAAUCAUCGGUUUUAGUUUGGCAUACAUUUUAAAGUGAAAAAUCCCAUUCUCAGUAUCACUCUGUUACCGUGGAAUUGCCCAUUCUCCACUCCAGUUUUACUUAAUGUCAACAUUGCUCGAUAAGUAUAGUAUUUUACCAAAUUAUUGCUUGAAUGCCAAAGGCAGAUUUAAGUGAGAAGUUAUCAGAUUAAGACAAUAUCAGAUUAAGAUGUUAUCAGAUUAUUUCCAUGAAUAUGUAUGGACCUUCAUGUCUGUACUGUCUAACACCUGUUUGUUUUAAUGGCAGAUUAGCUGUCUGAGUGUCAUCUGAGCAGUGGUGGAAAAAGUACCCAAUUGUCAUACUUGAGUAAAAGUAAAGAUACCUUAAUAGAAAAUGACUCAAGGAAAAGUCACCCAGUAAAAUAUUACUUGAGUAAAAGUAUUUGGUUUUAAAUAUACUUAAGUAUCAAAAGUAAAAGUAUAAAUCAAUUAAAAUUCCUUAUAGUAAGCAAACCAGAUGCACCAUAUUUUUUUUAUUUUUCAUUUACGGAUAGCCAGGGGCACACUCCAACUGUCACGUUCGUUCAUUGACGGGUCAGACCAAGGCGCAGCGUGAUAUACGUACAUGUUUAUUAAACCAAAUAAACACAACGACAAACGAAACGAAACGUGAAGUCCAAGGUAGAACACACAACAUACCUACAAGGAACAAGAUCCCACAACACACUAGUGCCAAUAGGCUGCUUAAGUAUGAGCCCCAAUCAGAGACAACGAGCUACAGCUGCCUCUGAUUGGGAACCACACCGGCCAACAUAGAUCUACACAUACUAGAAUAACCCCACAUAGAAUAUACGCAACAAAGAAUAUACACACCCUGACUCAACAUAUACGAGUCCCCUGAGUCAGGGCGUGACAGUACCAACCCCCCCCCCCCCCCCAAAGGUGCGGACUCCGACCGCACAACCUUCACCUAACAGGGUAGGGGCCGGGUGGGCAUUCCGCCUCGGAGGCGUAUCCGGCUCCGGGCGUGACGACCACAUACUCUCAGUCUGUUUGAGAUGUCAUUCAUGAACCGCACGCUUGUGUGGAGAUCAUGGUCACGUUGAGGAUGUAUUGAGACUGUACAGGAGGGUGUAUUGAGACUGUACAGGAGGAUGUAUUGAGACUGUACAGGAGGAUGUAUUGAGACUGUACAGGAGGGUGUAUUGAGACUGUACAGGAGGAUGUAUUGAGACUGUACAGGAGGAUGUAUUGAGACUGUACAGGAGGGUGUAUUGAGACUGUACAGGAGGAUGUAUUGAGACUGUACAGGAGGGUGUAUUGAGACUGUACAGGAGGGUGUAUUGAGAAUGUACAGGAGGGUGUAUUGAGAAUGUACAGGAGGGUGUAAACAUGGGCAUGUAAAUCUGUUUGAAAGAGGCAUUGUUGAUGGUAUGAUUAACUGGCCUACACAGCAUGACACUGGUAGAUGCCAUAUAAGAGGCUUUCAAAAACUCACCCACUAUCUUGACUUAUCCAACUAUGUGAUGAUUUAUAAAUAAAUAUACUCAGGAGUAACUGGUAUUUUCUAUGUUUUAAUAGCGUGAGGCCUUAGACUCAGUUUACAGUAAACCAAAGCAGGAUCAGGCAUUCCCUAAUAAUCUCAUUCAACUCCCUUUUGUUCAUAUGUGGAACAUAUUCGUUCGUUCCCCCUCUACUGGGAACCGUUUUAGCGUGACACGUGUUUUUUUUUUUCUUCUGUUGUGUGGAGGGUGUGUUUUUGGCCUUGGUGUUUGUUUGUUCCUUAUCGUGUGUGUGUGUGUGUGUGUGUGUUUUAGCUACACACUGUCCAUAGGGUGUGUAUUUGUCCCUAAGACUGUAUCGUGGGUAUAUGUCCACUCUCCCCGUGGCACAUGGUUAUCUUUCAGGUGUGUGCUUUCACAUUGUGUGUGUGUCAGGUGGAGCUGGAGCUGAGGGCUCAGGUGAGGCUGUUCGGAGAGCUGAUGGGUCAUCUACCCUGUCACAUGGACGGGCACCAACACAUCCAUGUGCUGCCAGGUAUGACGCCAUAAAACUACUAGAAAGGUGUGUGUGUGUGUGCUCGCGUGUGUGUUCCUAUGAUCAUUGCGUGAAAAUUGUUAUUGUGAGAGGUAUUUCCCAACAGAGACAAGUGUUGAGUAUGAAAGACUGAACCUCAACCAUGUGACUGACAUAUUCUACUCAGGACGUUCUGAUAACACCGCAGAACUCUUCCCCUUUUACAAGGUCACUGUCAUGACGCACAUGAGCCUGGGGUCUAUACACCGCUGAUGAUGCACUGAAUCAUGUGGUUUGUUUAUAUGGGCUGUUAGGUGAUCUAAUCUAGAUGAAGAAAUCUUCAACGUCCACUGUUUACAGGACUAGGAGGGGGGAAAAGGACUCGCCUUUUAGUUUUAAAUGACGUUACCACUGUUGAUUUUAUCAUUUCAUUUAUUUAACCAGGAUAUUCCACUUAGUCAUUCCUUUUCAUUUGAACAUGUAGGGCUUUUUACCACGCCAUUGUCUUAAGGGCAUUGGUGACGCUUGAUACUAUAAUUAGUUAAUAGAGCAGUAGUAAAUUGUUAUAACUCAUGGUAAAAAUUGUGAUUGUCAUUUUAAUGCUUGACAAAUAUCUGAAUCGCACGUGGCUGCACAUCUGAUUGUGUGUGUGUGUGUGUGUGUGUGUGUGUGUGUGUGUGUGUGUCAGAGGUGUGUGCGGUGUUUGCACAGGUGCUGUCUGACUGUGGGAUCUCCUAUACGCGUGUUCCAGUGGAGCGUGGUCUACACUCAUGUCCCUGGCUGUCCCCUGUCCUCAGAGACUUCUACGCUCAGGUGGAGAGGGACGCGCUGGAGUCUGUUCCCGUGUUCAGACGACAUGGCAUCAGGUAGGAGACGCACUGAGAUCCCCGUAGUAGUAGUGAAUGUGAUGAUCAUCUCUUCAGGAUCCAUACUUUGCUCAUCCACAGCUCUGUUUACAGUGUAUCCUGGUACAGUAAAAAUAAUAAUUAAUAAUUUUUUUAUUUAGCAGACGCUCUUAUCCAGAGCGACUUACAGGAGCAAUUAGGGUUAAGUGCCUUGCUCAAGGGCACAUCGACAGAUUUUUCACCUAGUCGGCUCGGGGAUUAGAACCAGCGACCUUUCGGUUACUGGCACAACGCUCUUACCCACUAAGCUACCUGCCGCCCAGUAUUAGAGAGGUGGCAAGUUCCUUGAAGACUAAAGACUUGAAGAUGACCUUAAGGCAUAUAAAGUGAUUAUUUUCCUCUCAGUUGUCCUGGGAGAUUUAAAUCGUGCAAUGAGAGAAGAUUGUGUUUUUUGUUUCUCUCGGGUUGGGUUAAAAGUAAAAAAGAAAUUAAAAAAAAAGAAGUGAUGAGCUGAAAAUGUCAAUUUAUUCUACCCCCCCCCUCUCCCAGAUGGCCUGACGUCUAUCUAGGUUUGACCACCAUGGGCCACAACAUGUCGGUCCCCAACCUCAGACGAGCCUUCAGCCAUGCCCUGGAACUAGACCUGGAGGUCUCACUGUCGCCCCCUGGGGGUGGAAGUAAAAACAGGAUGAACACCACGGAGCGUCAUGUGCUGACGGCAGAGCUCAUGGUGCACCCUGGGUACCCCAGCCACCCCCAGGAGGGCGGGUGUGGGGAGGGGCCGGACGACUUCUCCCAGUCGGCUGACAGGCAGCAGGAGCUGACCACCCUGAAGGACCCGGCCCUACUGGCUUUCUACACCCAGAAGAGAAUCCAACUCUGUGCCUUCAGGGACCUCUGAGGCCCCUACACCCCCACGCUCAGGGGUAGGGUAGUUGAAUUCCCUAAACUUUUAUCUGGUGUUUCAUAAAUCUCAGUUGAAGAAUUCCAGGUUUGAAGAUUCACUCGCUGCUUAUUCCCAGCUGAUUCCCAGACUCCUCCAACUGGGAUAUCUGAAAAACCAGGGCAUUUUGGGAAAGUUUUGUGAUUUUUGUAAUCCUACCUCUGAGUCCCCACUCAGGGGUCACGUUCCAAUAUCCACACUUACUGGCACACUAUUUAGAACGCAUAUCCAAUACAUGGCUUCCAGAGGCUGGUGGGAGGAGCUAUAG